AUGGCGAAUUGCAGAAAGCCUUCUGAAAACCACUGGAUCGUAGGGCGAAGGCCUUUUCUAGGAGGUCUUGGAGCAAUGAGAUUAGCUCUUCUCUGUGUUUUGGUAGGUCUAUUGAUUUUUGCGAGGGUUGGGACGCCUGAUGCGGUGGCAGAGAAGACUUGGCCAUCUGCUGGGGAGCAUGGGCCUACCAAGGCUGCCUUAAACAGGUACUUCUUAACCACUUGGAGAAAGAACAUCACUUCGGAGGGCAAGCGAGUUGUUCCAACCGGUCCAAAUCCCUUACAUAAUAGUUUUAGGUAUCGGUUUCCUGGAAUCGCCAAUGUGAUUUGGUGCUGUAGAGUAGAAUACUGGAAUUGCAUUCCUCUUUUCCUUGUGGAUCCGAAUGUAGAUUCCCGUUGGCCAGAGCAACUUCUAGGUUUCGCGCUUUUUUUAAGAAUGCACUUCUUCUAAAAGUUGUAACCUUUCAACUAACUCAUUAAU